AUGGCAUUUGUGUUGACUGACCACCACAUAGUGAUCAAGUAUGAAGAACAAUCCAAAGGGGAUAUUGUCUUUGGAUACCUCAUAUCUCCUACGUUCAGUGUUGCCAAAGAUGAAGCAAUUGUUGCUCUCAAUCAUCCUACAAAGGAUAUCAAUUGGUUACAUAGAAAGAGGCCUAGGUAUUCAAGCGUAAUUGAGGAACCGAGUGGAUAUGUGCAACCAGAUGGAAUUCCUGGGGUAAAGUGGCUUUCAGACCUCCUGGAAGGGAUCAAUCGAGAUUGCCAGAAGGGACAUAGCACAGAAGACCAUAAAUGGAUCACAUUCCAGCUUCCUAUGCCAUUUAUAGCACUCAAGUCUUUCAUCCAUUUUCCGCAUACCUACCUGGCCAAGGAUGGCUACGCCAAAACCGAAUAUUGGCUGCAUGAAGCUUGUAGAUAUUCAGUUCCAGCAAUGGGCCGCAAACAAGCUGAAGGUGAUGAUAACACCAAUAGGGCUGAAGGUGAUCAUAAUGCCAACUGCGCCGGUCUUGAGUACGUGGCAACACCAAAAAGCAGGCGCCAGGGAAUUGUGAGACAUGUUAUUCGUAGUGAUACAGCUAAUAAAGAACGACAGUCGGAUCAGUCACCGGCAAAUGCCAAAAAGCUUGGAGGUGGCUUGAAUAAGGAAAAUUUACGAUUUAACGAUCCAGUCCUACCGGUGGAAGAUUACGAGCGUACCAUGGAGAUUAUCUCCAACCUCUACACUGUUUACAAAUAUGGACAUGGCCAAUUCAUUGAUAUGCUUACAAAGAAAUUAAUAUGUACCUUUCAAUUUGAUGACUUGGAAGAGAUGAAGAAGGAAACUUUUGAUGAACAUCAAAAGGAUGUAGAUUUUAUCAUGAUGGCAAGCCAGCUUUUUCAACGCCUACCAACCACACCUAAACCCAAAGCCCAACCCCAACCACUUACUACCAAUACUGAAGCAACUUUAUGUCAAGCAACUAAAACAUCAAUUAAAACAACAACUUCAACUGAUGAACGGUCAUUAAUUGAUAGACAGAUUAGCAUUAAUAAGAAUACUGGUUUGGAAGAUAUAUCGAGCAUGGAUAAUAAUGCCCUUGAUUCAUCACCUCUUACACCUCUUACUUCAUCUGAUUUGCAAGAUGAAUCACUACAUCAUUCUUUGCCUGAAGCCAAGAAGACUCGGCCAACUACCAAUGGAGCGCUUAUCCAGGGUAAUAUGUACUGUUUUGGCCAAAGGGCUGGUCAACUUCCUAACUUUGGAUUGAAUGUCGGAUCUCGAUUCGAAACCUUUGCCGAUGCGGCAUUUCUUCAGUCACAAUCGCUACUCAGGGAGUUGGAUGCACCACCAAUGUCUGCCACCAGUAAGGACAAUCCUCCAGCACCAACCAAUUUUUGUGGUAACUUUGUGUUUACCUUUGGGAACUUUCAUAAUAAGCCUCAUACAGAUAAUGACAAGGUUACUGAGAGUGGGGCAUUUGAACUAGAGGGAGGCUGGUUUUUGUUUCCCAAAUGGCAAAUUGCCUUAAAAACGGGCCGGAAAUAUGCUUUGCAAAUUGCAUGGAGUGUUAAGAGUACCUUUCAUCAAACGAUGCAAUCGAAGGAAGUGGAGAUCCCAAGACCAGAUGAUCACCUCAAGCCUUGCAAAAGCAGCAGUGAAGAAGGACACAGAGGAGCAAUAUAA